CGGUUGCCAUUUGGUUUAAAUUUUGAGAAACGGAGCAGUCACCGACCUUUUUUUUUUUUUUUUAAAAAUGGCGCAAUCUAUGGGAUACUUUUCACUUCGACCGGACAGAAGAGUCUUCGAAGAACCUGGAAAUGACUUCAAAUCGGCGACUCCAGCAGGCGCGAUACCGGAGAGCAGCAAGUGGUCCGUUCGCCUCGCCGGUGCUGCCGCUGCUGCCGCAACACCUACAACCGACGGAGAGGAACGGGCCGACUGACGCGGCUCACGACCGAUUUCAGUGGAAUAACGCGGCACCGAGCUGCUUUUACACAUUUCUACAGGCUUUAAUACUUGAAGAGCCGAGCUUCUUCGCCAAUGGCAAGUCCGGUUGCAGACAUAGGACAGUCUCAUCAGCAUCACCCUGCGACCGAGUCGGCCGCAGACUCCGCGUUUCAGGAGGCGCAGAAAUGGAUAGAGGCUGUGACAGGAAGAUGUUUUGGUGACAAAGAUUUCAGAGGAGGUUUGGAGAACGGCAUACUGCUAUGCGAGUUGCUGAGCUCCAUUAAACCAGGCCUGGUGAAGAAAAUUAACAGACUUCCAACACCCAUUGCUGGCCUGGACAACCUCAGUGUGUUUCUUCGUGGCUGUGAGGAGUUGGGACUGAAAGGCUCCCAGCUGUUUGACCCUGGAGACCUGCAGGACACAUCAACGCGCCCCACCGCCAAGGGAAGCGACUGCAGCCGAAAACUCAAGAAUGUUUUAAUCACCAUCUACUGGUUGGGUCGUGCUGCCAACAGCUGUACCUCCUACAACGGGCCCACACUGGACCUGAAAGAGUUUGAGGGCCUGCUGUCACAGAUGCGAAAGGAGGUGGAGGAGGCAGAGAGCCCUAAGCGCAGCAUCCGUGACAGUGGUUAUAUCGACUGCUGGGACUCAGAACGCAGCGACUCUCUCUCCCCCCCACGCCACGGCCGCGAGGACUCCUUCGACAGCCUGGACUCCUUCGGCUCACGCUCACGACAAACCCCGUCGCCGGACGUCCUGGUCGCCCGCGGCAGCAGCGAUGGCCGUGGCAGCGACUCGGAGUCCGACGGUCCCCCCCACAGGAAGAUGCCAGACAUCCGUAAGGAUGACAUGUUGGCACGGCGGACGUCCAUCAGCGAGCCACGGACUGCCAUGCCCUUUAACCAGUACCUUCCCAACAAGAGCAACCAGAGUGGAUACAUUCCCAUGCCGCUCCGCAAAAAGAAAAACGAUAAAGAGGAGGGAGGACGCAAGAGUUGGAGUACUGCCACAUCACCUAUAGGGGGGGACAGACCUUUCCGUCCAAGUGAGAUCCCUGGCCUAGACGCCCCAAGUCCACGUCCCACCCCGCACCUUAAACCCCAGACACAGAUUCAGCAGGAGCAUCAGAGUAUAAAGGAUGCGGAGGAAGGGGAGCAGACUGCAUCCACACCUUGCAUUGAGAUCCCUUCAGCGAGCAUGAGGAGGAGAAGUGAGCCUCUGCCCUGUAGCGUCCCCCAACCCCAUGCAGAGCCCCCCACGAAGAAUAUAACUCAUCUGAUGGUCACCUCUGAACAAAGUACUCCAGCUCGCUCGUGCUCGGAGGAACUCUUCCACCAUUCGACAACUCUAGCAGGAAACGCGGCGGCGGCCUCAGUGGUUGCAACAGGCCCCAUCAACAGGACCAGGAAACAUCCACCUACAACAGACCGGGAGGAGGCUGGGGUGAGGAGGGGAGUCACUGGUCCCCCGUUAGCUGCAGAUGCAGAGCAGGAUGAGAAGCGGGCCCAUCGAACGCUGAUCUCUCCUAAACACAUCACUACCCCGAAUCCCUCCUCCUUCCUUCCUGUGCCUGCUGCCAUGGCAACCACCUCAAAAGAAACAAGCGAUUCGGGCCGACGGAAGAGCAGGGCACUGAGUGAAAGUGACGACCCACAAGGAGGGACAUCUUGGUUGGACAGCAAUCUUCCAGCAACAUUCAGCCUCACAGAUAGUGUUUCAGAUGAUUCACAGAGUGUGAGUAUGAUCGACAUGCGUGGUGAGGAAGAGGGCAUCUUGCAGCCCCACAGUCAGGUGCGUCACGAACUGAUGCACAAUCAGUACAACAGGAUGAAGGAAGAGGAGGAUCACUGGCAGGACGACCUGGCCCGAUGGAAAAGUCGGAGGAGGAGUAUUUCCCAGGAUCUGAUCAAGAAGGAGGAGGAGAGGAAGAUGAUGGAGCGGUUGAUGUCAGGAGACACCUGUACCUCCCAGAGGAGGAGAAGCAUAAAGACGUACAGAGAGAUAGUGGAGGACAAGGAGCGUCGUGAGGAGGAGCUGCGGGAUGCGUACAGAAGAGCCAGAACCCCAGAGGAGGCAUCCGCCAUCCUCCAGCGUUACGCCCAGCGUUUCUCCAUCAGUGAAGCAGUCCUGGAACGCCUGCAGUUGCCAAAGCUCCUGGAUCGCAGCAUAUCCGCUGACCCCUCCUUCCCCUGUUCACCCUUCCCUCUCUCCCUGUCCUCCUCCCCAACAACGCCAGACCCCUUCGACAUAGACCCCAAUGGGCCAAUGAGGUACCUGCGCCAGCAGUCCACUCCGGUUCCAAAGUUCACAUCUACAUUGGAGGCGCGAAUCGAGGAGUUUCCCAAAGACUUGUCCUCACACCAGCGGCCUCAGAUUCGCUCCCGCUCGUCUGAGCCACCAUCCACCCGAGCCCUGUCACCCAAACCGGUGCCUUUGCUGACACCCAGGCCUUACUUCGAGUCCCGAGCCGCAGCGGCUGAACCGCGGCCCGGCAAGGCGGACAGUUUGCUUCGAGUCAACGGCAACAUAAGAAGUGACGACGUUCCCACCACUCCCGAGAGUCAAGGACGGGAAUCUCCUCCUCAUUUCCAGGCAUGCCCUUCCAAAACCAACAACAGCACUGUAGAUGCUCCCUCCUCUGUAGCAUCACCCACACACAGUCCACACACCUCCCCCGGAGGAGCAAGACCAGUGUCAACAAAGGCCUACGAGGUACAGGGUGGCACUGAAGCAGCUUCUGAGGACGUCCAAGAAGAGAAAGUCACUAAGCGUUCGACGCCACCCAGUCGUCCCACCUCACUACCAACGGAACUGCAGAAGCCAGAAGAAAGCUUUGGGAAGCAUGGAAGUCAGAUAGCAGCUGUUUCAGAGGGAAAAAAGUCAAAUGCUGCAGCUCAGCUAGCACCACCUACAGAAGCCAAACAAGAACAAGAAAAGGCUGAACCAUCUGGUCAAAACAUGUCCAGUCUUGUCCAAUCAGGGGUCAGCAAACAGCAAAGUCAGCCAGUAACUUUACAGGCAAGUGUUCCCAGUUCCCAAGAGUUGUCACAGAGAAGAGAAAAUGUACCAAGCUUAGCUGCGCCAGGAUCAUCUGAAAAUCACCCACCGCAGGAAACGACAGCAGAGAUUGCAAACUGUGUCAGGUCUCCGCUGGCAACCAGCAACCCUAAGUUACGUUGGGAGUUCUUCGCUCCACCAGAAGAGGCAGAAAAGGACCGCCGUGGAAACGUGUCAGUCCCGGUGUUGCCCCAGGCCAAGCGGGGUGACCGCUGGUCUUGGGACCCGGAUGAGGAGCGAAAGCGUCAGGAAAGGUGGCAGCAAGAGCAGGAGCGCAUGCUGCAGGAGAAGUACCAUCGCGAGCAGGAGAAGCUGAAGGAGGAGUGGGAGAAAGCACAGAGGGAGGUGGCAGAGGAAGAGAGGAAGUACCACGAGGAGGAGCGUAGGAUACUGGAGGAGACUGUGACGCCUCUCACUCCCCACUCCUCAGCCUUGCCCUCCCCCAGCCGAGGGGAGCUCUCCUCCACCUCUGAGCCCCAGGACACCAUCGUCCGCUCGCUGGCUGACUGGGAACGCAAACAGGAACUUCUGGAGAGGCAGUCGAGGGGGAGCACGGAGAGCGUGGAGGGGAAAUGGAGAGAAAAUGACAGGACCAGUGACGUCAGCACUGCUGACGACAGCUUGAAAACAGGCAGAAGCCUGGCGAGUCAGAGCAGCAGUCAGCCAGAAACACUCGGUCACAGUCUGCAGAACGGCCAAAAACCUCCUCCGAUGCCAACCAAGUCCUUAACUCCAGUAAAGAAGCAACAAGAUCUCCCAGCAAACAGCAACAAACCCAGCCGGCCUGCAGGAGACAGGAGGAGUGGUCCCAUUGAUAAUAACAUGUGCCACAGCUCAUCAAAGCUCCCUGCAGCGUGUCCACCAACUCCAGACACGCUGCCUCCAGCACCUAACAGGUCUGUCAGUGGGAAGAAGCUGUGCUCCAGCUGUGGGCAGCCGUUGGGGAAAGGGGCAGCAAUGAUCAUAGAGACCCUCAGCCUCUACUUCCACAUUCACUGCUUUAAGUGUGGGGUGUGCAAGGGACAGUUAGGCGACACGACCACAGGGACGGACGUCCGAAUUAGAAACGGCCUCCUCAACUGCCACCAGUGCUACAUCCGCUCCCGCUCGGCCGGACAGCCCACCACGUUGUGACACUCAACAGAAAAGCACAAGGUUCAUGGAAGAAACCUCAUCCCUGUUUUAACCCGAUUAUCUGCAGAUCAUGUCCUUCACAGCAUGUCGGGAUCUUUGCAUCCUCUGCAGCUUAAUGAUAAUGAAGAUUCAUCAUGUGGGCCAAUCUGGGAUCCGGGGACAGUCAAAUGUUUAAAAAAAAUAUAUAUUCUUAGUGUUUAUGUCAUCUGAUACGUGAGUGAAAUCUGGAUUUGAUUGGUCCACGUACCACCACAAACUCUGUUUCAUCAUGCAGCGAGAGAGAGACUGUUCUGGGGUGGCGGCCAUGUUGAAAAGAAAACGCAACAACAUUUACAGAUGCUUCGAGCACAGGCAGGCUAUGUUGGCCUCCGUUACCGUCAGGAUGAACACACACACACAGAGAAAACAUGGUGUUCACAUCUAGGUUAAAUGGAAUCGGAUUCUAUUUUCCCAGACAGAAAAAAAAUGUGAAUAUUUACCAUACAGUUCCAUAUAAUGGAUAUGCAGUAUAUCACAUAGUUAUUGAAUCGCUUUUUGUCAUUUAAGAAAGAUUUUCUUGAUUUGGGAUGAUAAGAAUCUAACAACUAGAACGAAAACUGAAUGCGUGGUGAAGCAGCUCAGAUUGGACUUUUUAAUUUCUCUUAACAGGCUGGAUCUGAAAAUUACUAUUCACUUGACGUCCCUGCAAUGGAGUACUAGAUUCAAACAAAAAGAUACACAAACUUCAUUUAGAAAGGGAAAUUGAGGUCUCAAUAAACCCACUAUUUAGAUCCACAGACUCAACAUAUAGUAAGUUACUAUUUUUUGAUCCUUCGGCCCAAACAGUGAUCUCUUGUGUCUCGCGUUCUGUGCUCAGAAUAAAGUUAUCUUCUAAUAUAAACACAUAUUAUGGAUGUAGUUCAUCAUUAGGGCAAUAACACGACUUGUGAGCUGUUUUUGUGCUUUUGGGUCACAGCAGGCUGCUCCUCGGGUCAGCCUGUCAGCUUGGAAAGUCAGGACUUUAAUGUGCCUUAGGAAAGCAAGGUGAUGCAGGAAGAAAAAAAGCACCAGCUACGUGGUGUUUUAUUUCUCCUUUUUUUUUUUAUUAUUAUUAUUAUUAUUAGAAUUUUUUGGGGUGGAGGGAGGGAUUUGGCCAAAUUUGAAAACUGCAGACAGACAGGCUGCAGCCCUCCCUUACUUCAGGCUUUACUUCAGUUGAUAAGUACUGUUUAUUUUCACACAAACAACACCCUUAAUUUCAUAUUUCUACCCUUGUGAUUCCUCUGAUUUGCAGUGAUAAAUCCAGUACGAAGAAAGGAAAACAUUUGUUGUCUAUCUGGAUGAAGACACAGUAUAGAGUAUAUAUAUAUAUAAUAUAUAUACUGCAGGGGACACCAUUGAUUUAAUUUUGAAUGUUUUACUCUAGAGCGAUAUAGACUAAUGUAUGCUAAUAAUUGAGAUAAUUUUGAUAAUUGCUCAGUGGUAGGGUUCAUUUAUGAAAUAAUAAAAAAUAAAAAAAAGCAACAUAAAAAUCACCAGUACAUGUUACAUCUAGUUAAACAGCAGAGGUAAUAUGAACAUUACGUACCAGCAGCAGUUGCACCUGUGCAAUAUUUGGUUGGAUGAAAACUAAAGAUCUGUGCCGCCAGCUGGACAUUUUAAGUCACUUGCUUCUUUUCUUUUUAUGAACUUGUAUGAGAAGAGCUCAGUUAUGUAUUGUGGAUGUUUAAAAAAAAAAAAAAAAAA